GUGGUCAGACCUCAAGGUGGAGGUGAAGCGGAGGGUUUCUGCCCACCGCCGAAGCGUGACCGCAACAGGUGGGGGGACGGGAGUGGGGGAACUCUCCCCCUUCGAUUUGAGAGUGGCCGCUUUGAUCGGUGACACAGCUCUCACCGGAGUGGUGGGAGCCCAUGAAGGGGACACCGAUCAUCCCCAAGACAAGCAAGGAGAGGGCACGGUUUGCUCCGUCGGCCCCGGCGUCUCCUCCGUCGGCCCCGGCGUCUCCUCCGUCGGCCCCGGCGUCUUCUCCGUCGGCCCCGGCGUCUCCAGCCCUGGCGUCUCCUCCGUCGGCCCCGGCGUCUCCAGCGUCACCGCUGACUCCGGUUUCUCCACCGGCUCCGCUGCACGCGGUGCCUCAAAUUCAUCUGCUGACCACCCGACCGGCCGUGUCCUCACCCGAUCGGUCACACUCCUGA